AUGUACCUGAUCACUGUGUUGGGAAACCUGCUCAUCAUCCUGGCUGUCAGCUCAGACUCCCACCUCCACAUACCCAUGUACUUCUUCCUCUCCAACCUGUCCUUGGUAGACAUAUGUUUCACUUCUACCACCAUCCCAAAAAUGCUGGUGAACAUCCAGACACAGAGCAAAGCCAUCUCCUAUGCAGGCUGCAUCACCCAGAUGUAUUUUUUUCUAUUGUUUGGUGUGUUGGACAACUUUCUUCUCACUGUGAUGGCCUAUGAUCGUUUUGUGGCCAUCUGUCAUCCCCUUCAGUACACGGUCAUCAUGAACCCCCAGCUCUGUGGACUGCUGGUCCUGGUGUCCUGGGUCACAAUUGUCUCUUUAUUUUAUUGUACAGUCCUAAGUGUGUACCUCAGCUCUGCCAGUACCCACAGUUCACAGUCAAGUGCAGUCACCUCAGUGAUGUACACUGUGGUCACACCCAUGCUGAACCCCUUCAUCUACAGUCUCAGGAACAGAGACAUAAAGGGGGCUCUGAAAAGAGUUGGGGGGAUGGCACGUACAAAGGGGACUAUUGUGCUUAGGCUGAAAAUGUGA